GAAGUUUGGAUAUACGAAAACGUGCUAAACUAUUAGGCUACACAGACACGCCGAUACGCCCGCGGGUGUUUGUUUAUUUAGGCUACCUAGCGCACGCUUUUAUCAAGCCUCGCUGCGGCGUUGGGGGGCAAGAGAGACAACGGCAUGCUAUUUGGAGGGUGUUUUACAAGGUUAUAAAUCGAAGGUGACACAAAGCAGAGUGUGUGAGAACCAGCCGGGACUCCGACGGGAUUCGCGAGUCUGUGUGUGUAUUUUCACUCUGAAAGGUAUGUUUUUAUUGACAAACAACAGACAGGGGUCUACAGUGUGAGAAGCUCGCGCUGUGACCGGUGGGAGAAGAAAGUUACCGCCCAUUGCCCAUUGGGAGUUUUUUUUAACGGACAGAACGUCGGCCACUGACCUAUUGCAUUUUAUACUAGUCCGCACUCUCUGCCAGCAACGUACAGAUGCUUGCUUGGAUUUCAUGUUGGUGUGGUUGUACAUGAAAAUCACUCGGAUGAAUCUGCAGAAGCUCAGUCUGUGGACUUUUGCGUAGGCAUUUAAACAUUUUCUUCAGUUCAACCUCGGCACGAUUCUGGAGAAUCAUACCAACGCGCACGAAUUGCAUUUUAUGACCGAGUUUGCAUUUAAUUGUCAUCCUGAAAGUGGCAACAGCUGAGGUGGUCGUGAAAGUAAAAAUGGGCUGGGCCGCCUAGCUCUCUUUGUGGGGGCAUCAUCUUUUAUGUGACAGAGCGCAGAGAUUUCUGAAGGUGAUAGCGCUGAGAAGCAUCGCCCGUGGUCGCUCUCGCUGACUACAGCCGGAGCACCCCGCGCAAGUCGCUGCUUCCUCUGCAGGAUAACGACCGUAUCAAUGCGUUGGAUUACAAGAGCGGAUUCCGUGCCUCACGAUUUAAGCCUGGUAUCUGCACUCUCUGAACUGAGCUAAUUUUCUCUUUGCGUAGGCUCAUACGGUAUCCUACGGACAUUACGAAACCUUCGCCGUGGGUUGCAACACUCCUGGAAAAAAAUGAAAUAUUUUUGUUAACUAUAACAGACAUCAGGAACAUGUUGUAGCUUGGUAGCUGGAUUAGAUUUACUCUCUUACCACGACUAACGAUACCGAGGCAGCAGAACCGUGUUGAAGGGUUGGAAAUGUUCUGUUAUUUUGGAGACUAUCAUUUUUGACAGAAUUUUUGGAGAACGACGAUAUAGCCCACUGGUCUUUACCGUGUCCAUCCAGGUGCGUCUCAAUUAGCCUAGAUAUCCUACUGGAGUCGCUGGACGUUUGAUCAUUUUUGGAAGUUCAGCUGCUGACUGCCGAAGACGGAUACAACUAUACUGACAGGGGUGAAGAGAGCAAGGAGAACAAGGAUGGGCUUUCAAACGCUUAUGAUAGCGUGUGCGCUCUUAGCGGGCCUGGCCCCCAGCUGGGCGAAGCGUGUGGUGACGGUGCAGAGCGGGCCCCUGGUGCGGGCGGAGGGCUCUCACGCCACCAUCUGGUGCAACGUGACGGGCUACAAGGAGGGCGUGGAGCAGGACUUCGAGUGGUCCAUGUACCUGCCGUCGGUGCCCGACCGCGAGAUCCGCAUCGUGAGCACGGCGCAGCCCAACUACGCCUACGCCAUCUUCGCGCAGCGCGUCAACAGCAAGGAGAUCUGGGUGGAGCGGCUGAGCGGCGACUCAGCGCUGCUGCACAUCGCCAAGCUGGAGGCCAAGGACCAGGGCGUGUUCGAGUGCUACACGCCCAACACCGACGGCCAGUUCCUCGGGUCCUACAGCGCCCGCACCAACCUCACCGUCAUCCCGGACACGCUGGCGGUGUCGGCGGCGGCCCAGACCCUGUCCAAGGUGGAGGGCGAGACGCUGCAGCUCACCUGCGAGGUGAGCCGCCAGACCGCCCAGCACACCCACCUGGCCGUGGGCUGGUACCUGAAGCCGGCCGACGACGCCGCCGCGGCUCCGCGCGACCUGGUGACGCUCUCGCGGGACUUCGUGCUGCGGCCCGGCGGCCCCUACCGCCAGCGGCUGUCCUCGGGCGACCUGCGGCUGGACAAGACGGGCGCCACCAGCUACCGGCUGACCAUCUACCGGCUGCAGCCGGCCGACCAGGGCGAGUUCUACUGCGAGGCGUCCGAGUGGAUCCAGGACGCCGACCGCUCCUGGUACGCCAUCAGCCGCAAGCAGUCGGACAAGACCUCCGUCAGGGUGCAGCCCACAGACCGUGACUUCAGCAUCCAGGUGACCACGGAGCGUCGGGCCUACACGGCGGGCGAGCCGCUGGAGCUCCGCUGCACCAUCGAGGCGCAGAAGGUUCCGGAGCGGUUCUUCUCGGUGUCGUGGGUCUUCAGCAGCUCGCCCGUGGCCGUGGUGGGCCCCGACGCCGUGCCCAACCUCGGGGCGGGCUACCUGGAGCGCGAGGCGGCCGGGCAGCUGACCGUGCGCAAGGAGAGCGCCAGCGUCCACCUGCUGCGGCUGCAGCGGCUGCUCCCCGACGACGCCGGCAAGUACAUCUGCCGCGUGACGGAGCGCGAGAAGACGCUCACCGGCGACUUCAUCGACCGCAGCAAGCGCUCGCGCAACGUGCAGAUCACCGUCUCCCCACUCAAGAGCAACGUGACCGUGUCCCUGUCCAGCAACUCCUCCUUCGACGAGGGCGACCCGGUCAUCCUGACCUGCACCGUGCUGAACGUGUGGGGCAGCCUCUCCGUCUCCUGGCAGUGGACGCCCCCCUCGUCCGGUCCCACCUCGGCGCCCGCCGCCAACGGCAACGAGGGCGAGGAUGCGCCGCCGGGUCCGGAGCCCGUGGAGCUGGCGAGCGUGGAGCGCGACGGCACGGUGCGUCUGGGCCCCGCCUACCUGGAGCGCGGCAGCUACGGCGAGGUGCGGGCCACGCGCGGGCCACGCGCCGACACCUACACGCUGGCGCUCUACAACGCCUACCCGACCGACGCCGGCCAGUACCGCUGCAUCGUCACCGAGUGGAUACGCACCGGGCCCGAGCCCAACAGCACCUGGCAGCACCUGGGAGAGCAGUCGGCCGCCAAAGAGAUCACCGUCAAGAGCGUCGAAUCCUCCUUCUUCGUGUCGGCGUCGUCGCGCACGCCCAGCGUGACCUUCGGCGACUCCUUCGACCUGCAGUGCAUCGUCAAGCCGCGCCACAACCCCAGCGUGCCCGCCACCGUCACCUGGCGCUUCCGGCCGGCCGAGUCGGCCCGCGGCCCGCCCGCCACCCGCGACCUGGUGACCUUCACGCGGUCCGGCACCCUCCGCUGGGGCGAGCAGCCGCCCGGCCUGGGCACGCGCACCACCGUCGACCGCUCGGACAGCAACACCAACUUCCGGCUGCGGGUGACGCGGCCCGGGCGCCACGAGGCCGGCACCUACCACUGCGCCGCCACGCUCUACCGCCGCCACUACGACGGCACCUGGACCGAGGUGGCCAACCGCACCUCCAACCUGCUGGGCAUCAGCGUGCUGCAGCCAGUGAGUAAGCUGCGCGUGCACAAGACCAAUCAGAGCCUGCAGCUGCUGGAGGACGGCCGCGUGCGCCUCAACUGCUCCGUGGCGUCCCAGACCAGCCAGGAGUCCCAGUACUCCGUCCAGUGGUACGCCCGCCGGGCUCGGACCGAGCCGGAACCCCCGGCGGUGGCGGCGGCGGUGGCAGCGGCGGCAGUGCCCGCGGCGGUGCCCGCUCUGGAGCCCGGGGUGGGGGCGGGCGACCCCGACGAGCUGCUCCUGCGCAUCGACCGCUCGGGCGCCUUCGAGUACGGCGCCUACGCCGAGGAGGAGCGCCUGCGCAGCCGGCUGCAGGCCGAGCGGCCGUUGCCGCGGCAACACAGCCUGACGCUGCACCGCGCCGAGACCAGCGACUCGGCCACCUACUACUGCCUGGUGGAGGAGUGGCUCACCGACCCGGACGGCGCCUGGUACCGGGUGGCCCGCGAGGCGUCCGGCUUCACCCACGUGCUGGUCAAGAGGCCCGAGGCUCGCCUGCAGGUGGAGGAGUCCGAGUCCAACGUGACGGUGGAGGAGUCCGGCUCCAUCCGGCUGGGCUGCAGCAUCCCCACGCAGUCGGCGCGCGACUCCCGCUUCUCCGUCUCCUGGUACGUGGCGAGCGCGGACGACAGCGGCGUCGCCGGCGGCGACCACGAGUGCGUCUUCUCCAUCGGCCACGACGCCGUCUUCGGCAACGGCAACUGCAGCCCCACCGAGCCGCCGGGCCCCGAGUCGCGGCUGCAGUUCGAGCGCACGACCUCCGACCUCUACACGCUGACCGUCCAGAAGGCGCGGGCGGCCGACGCGGGCGCGUACUACUGCCACGUAGAGGAGUGGCUGCUCAACCCGAGAGGGGCCUGGUACCGGCUCACCACCAACAACUCUGGCAUCACCAUCGUCAACGUGCUCCAGAAAGCCUCCAGCCUGCAGUCGGUGGUGUGUUACAACGACUCGCUCUUCUACUUCGUCUUCUUCUACCCGUUCCCCAUCUUCGGCAUCCUGCUCAUCGCCGUGCUGCUGGUGCGCUACAAGAGCCGCAGCCACAGCAAGAGCCAGGAGGGCAAGAACGGCGCCCCCUUGCUGUGGAUCAAGGAGCCGCACCUCAGCUACUCGCCCACCUGCCUGGACCCGCCGGCCCUCAGUCUGCACCCCGGGUCCGUGGAGUAAGGGGCCUUACUCGCGUCGCGUCGCCCGGCCCAAAACCCACAGACCCAGGCGUCUGGUGCUGUCUCUCUCACUCUCUCUCUCUCUCACUCUGUCUCUCUAUCCCUCUUUUCUUUGUCUCUAUCUCUCUGACUUUACCUUCACACCUUCUCUACAUGGAGGUCUCUUGUCUCUCUGUCUUUUCUGUCUCUCUCUCUCUCUCACUCUCUCUCACUCUCUCUAUCGUUUGGCUUGUCCCCAUGACGACACCCCUCCCCAGAGUCUCUCUGUGUCUGGGAUUUCGCCUCCGCUCCCGGCCCGGCCUGCCAUCGUGCGCUCUCUCUAUCUCUCUCUCUAUCUCUCGCUCCCCCCUUCCGUUGAUCAAUCCGUCCAACGUUUUAAAGAAGAAAAGAAACAAACACACACACAAAAAACACGAACAUACAGACAGACAUGAAUACCGCCCUCCAGGUCGUCGCCAUGGCUACAUCUACUGCUGAGGAGAUAUGGUUGUCUGAUGUGGCUGAGUUGGUAAUCUUCUUUUUUCUUUUUUUUUCUUAUUUUAUUUUCUUAUUUUUGUUCAUGAUCACCAACCCCCCCCCCCCCCCCCUUUUCAAUGCCAACUGAUUUCACACAUUUUGAUGGACAAUCAGCCCAGAGCAGGCUUUGAAGGGAGGAUGUUUUGGACCGAACAGUACUGGCAUCAUCCUCCCCUUUGCUAUAACUUUUAUUUUCUUUCCUCUUUACCCAUGUCGACUGCAAGUUAAGAGUUGCAAUUGUUUUCAUGCUUUUUUUUGUAGACGUAUUUUUUUUUUUGUGAUAUUUUUGGUCGGACUUGUUUCAAAACACUAGCUGAAGUAUAUAGUUGCUGGACUAUCACAGUCUGAAGAAGGAUUAUUAUAGAAGGCAGAAACACUACGAAUUUAAGACACUGACAGUGAUCUGUGAUUUCUGUCUCCCUCAAUCUCUCUUUUUGUCUCCCACCUUCCCCACGCUGACGGUAUGCGUUUCACCACUGAUCCCAGACCUGUGUCUGUCUGGAGUGAUAGGAUACCGAUUAUGAAGAGUUGUUAUCCCCCCACCUGCUCACACACACACACACACACACACACACACACACACACACACACACACACACACCAACUCCUGCUGACUCUUGUCUGCUGGACUCGGACCAGGCACGUCUGCACUGCCAAAGACCCACAAACACUUGGCCAAACUCUUAUCUGGGUGUUUAGACGCCUCCAGCCAGGAGCACCUUGGCCAUCCCCCCGCGCGGAGGGUGGGAAGGGAGGAGGGGUGUAUGGGGAAGGGGAAGGGGAAGGAAGGCAUGGCAUGGCAUGGCAUCCCUGCUGUUUGGAUGUGGGUCCAUCACGUGCGCUACUCGGUUAAAGGGAGAGAGAGGAUGAGAUGGAACCGCUUAAAUCCGUCCCCACUAGGGAGGGGGAGAGAAGAAACGGACAUGGAGAGUGUGUGUGUGUGUGUGUGUGUGUGUGUGCGUGUGUGUGUGCUUGUGCUUGUGCAAACAUGAGUGUAGUGCUAGUGUCCAGGUGUUUCCCUGCCAGUUUUCAGGCUGAUAUGUGUAUGAUACUCCUAAUCCGCUUAAUGUGUUCUUUCUUUCUUUCUUUCUUUCUUUCUUUCUUCCUCGUUGAAUUAAUCCCUCUCUCCUGAAAUGAAAGGGAGAAGGAUGGGUGCCAUCACCAGUUAUUUCCUUAAUCUCAACUCCUCAGCAAGGACAUUGCUCUUGAAGGUUGUUGAGGGUUGUCAUAAAUGCCGUUGCUGUCGUGUAUGUGUGUACAGUACGUACGUAUGUAUGUGUGUGUGUGUGUGUGUGUGUGUGUGUGUGUGUAUACACUCCUCAUUUUGCCACUGGUUUUGUAUAAUGGUGCCACUGUCAACUACAUGAGAAUGGACAUGGAUUUUUUAAAGGGAUUAGAGGAUGGAGAUUGAAUGUUGCCGACUGAUGACUAACUGCUUGACCACAGCAGAGACUGUGCCAGGCCUGAAGAGGACUGAACGUUUCUUCGCUAUACGUCUGCCUCGCUCUUGCCCGACUGAGCUCCACAGACUGAAUUCUCUCCGUGCGAGAAGCCAUCCUGGAGCGUCCGCAAGGCUUCAGAAGAGCUGGGAACUUUGACAUGAGGAGUUGUCUUGGUGCCAAGACCCUGUUGGUUUUUUAUUGGUGUUGUUAUUUUUUUUCUUAGCUGUAGUAGAUCUCACCACUGAAAAAAAAGGUUAAGAAAACUUUGAGGGAAGUUGAAGGCUUUCAGCCAAAAGCUUUGGUGUAAAUAGGACUUCUCAUCUCCCACCAAGGGAUUAUGGGAGCUGUAGUCUUGUAAAGGGCAAGGUUCUUAGUGCUGACGGAUUGACCCAUGGUGCAAUUUAACACAACGCACACGUACCAACACAGCAGGCACAGUGCCCGCUGGAAUCUUAAAAGGGGUGACAUUUCACAAUUAAAACAAAUAAAUAAUAUUGAUUCAUUGCCCAAUCUCCCAAAUUGCAACUCCAGAAUUAAAAUCAAUAGCGACGAAUGCUCGCUUUGGGAAUAACAAUUAUGCCGCCCUCGGAUGAGAGAGGAGGGAGGAACACGCAAGCGAGAGACAACAAUGUGGUUUCAUCUCCAACGUGUUUGUUUUGAUAAUUGGGUCCUCAAACACUCUCGCUUCAGUUACUACGUCUGAGUCCCCGCCAGCUCAUGACGAAGAUGAAUUAGACAGCCCAAUAUUUUAUAUUCCACGCUCCGAUAGUGUCCUUUUUUUCCGCCUUCAAAACUGUCAAUCUCUGGGCGUGAGAAAUAAAGAUACUUUUUUUUGCUGUUUGCUUUUUUUUUUGUAUUUAUUUAUUUGAUACUGUUUUUGUUUUCUUUCAUCUAUUUAAUGAGAUUAAAAGAUUUUGUUAGUGAAAGCUUCAGACCACAAGAACACUACAAAGCAGGCUUUGAUUGGUUAGCGAGGGGUGAUUACUAGCCAAUCGGAUCAUUUUCCCCCAUUGUAGUCCAAAUGGACAUUCCCACUAACACAGGCUUGUUUCCCAAGGUCGAGUAAACAUACUCAAACCUCUCAAACCUUUUCAAGGUCGCCACAUCAUGGAACGCAGAGUCCGAGAACGCAGGGGAGGCCUGUAACGUUAUUUUCGUAGAACCCGACUCGUAAGAAAGCGUUCUAUCUAGGAAGCAUGCUUGACUUUGGGAAACAGCUACAGAGAUGAUCACAGGUCAGGUCCACUCAUGAUGAUGUCAUUAACAUGGGCCAGCAUCAGACGAGACUUUUUUUACGAACUCCCCAGCCAAGCGGCUUGGUUCUGUGUAAACAGUAUUGUUGACAUUACUGAUUCAACCAUAUGUACAGGGGACUUAAAAAGCAAAACUUAAGUAAAACAAACAAAAAAAAAGAAACCAACUUAACACAACCGAGGGUCCUCUUGAAGCUUGUUGGUUGUCUUGUUUUAUUUAUUGAGAUGUACUGUGACGCUUAGUUAGGGUAUGUGAACUUAACAUAGCAGUGCGUAGAUGGAAGAGACUUCAUUGUGAACUACAGUGGCUAGAAAGGGACACCAUCUUUGCUGGAGAAGGGCCCUGAGCAAUUAACGAGGGAUGUGUUGGGCGAGGAGAGCCGUGGUCGGGCAAAGCCGUGGCGGUGUAUCGACAUCGUCAUGGCAACAGCACUGGCUUGGGUUCGGAGAAAGGUCAUUGGUCUGCCCUCUCCGCGCGCUCUCUCCCACUCAGUGUCCAGAUGUAUAGUGCAUGACGUGAGCGGAGGCAUCGUGGUGAUGUUGUUGAACUGUCGAGCGUUUUGUGUGUCUCUGACAUCACACCGAAUCAGUGGCAGCCACUCCACACUCCUGUGUUUGGGGGGGGGGGGGGGGGGUAGCUGUGGGUCUUGAUGCUCGGGGCAGUAGUGUAUGUAUGUGUGUGGGGUAGGGACAGAGGGGUGGUGUUGCACUCUAGAACAUCAUCAUAUUCACUUUUUUAGCAGUGACAACGUAAGCUGACUUCACUGAUUUCACAACACUGCCCCCAUCCACACAUAGAGUUUAUCCCCAUAGAGCUCGCUAUUAAAGCAAAUGUGUUGUUCCUAUCUGGACAUGGAGAUGUGUUAAAAGAAACACACAAGUUGUGUUGUUUUCAACACAUUUGUUUUAAGAGUGUAGUGAUAGAAUGCUGUUGCCAUGGAUAUGGGCUGCAUUCCCUGAUAGCAUCCUCUCUCUAUCAUUCUUUGAUAGCAGUGGUUGAAUGUCAGAAGACGUAAUGUUUUGUUUCACUAGAAACAGAAAAGGUGUAUUUUCAGAGGAUGCAAUCUAUGCACAGUAGAGCACAGCAAGGUCUGACAGUUCUGCUAGAUGAGGUCACAGAUUCUGUUUUUCCAUUUCUCUUAAUUACACAGAUUUGUCAUUUCACAAGAUUUAUAGGGCAGUCUCAGACUAGCAAAAAAAAAGAAAGAAAACUCAGAUUUUAGAGAUUUUGUGCCAACACCAUCCCCGGUUGCAUUGCAUUGCAUUGCAAAUUGUGUGUUGUUUUUUUGUUUGUUUGUUUGUUUGUUUGUUUGUUUGUUUUUACAUUCCAAAAUGGGUCCCCGGAUCGAGAGGAGACACCCCAAACUCCCCUCACACAGGAAAUGGAAGGCUGGGCUUGUGUUUGUGAUGUCCUCAACGGUGCCGCUGUUCUUUGAGCUGUACACUACUUAAACGCUGAACUCUGACUUGUGUUCCUAUUAUCUUCUUUUUUUGUAGUACUACAUACUCUCUGCAGACUCAUAAUGUUCUCACAAUGUUGUACAUACAUGACGAGGGCUGCAUGUUCAUGGCUAUGUGCUGGCUCUGUUUCAAGAAAAAAAAAGAAAAAAGAAAAAAAAAACAAAGAUAAAAAAAUCAUUGUGGUGAUGUGUGUUCAGCCAGUGCUGCUUUUUUCUCUCCCAAGUGGUGUAUUUUUAUGUUUUUUAAUUUUUGUUCAUUUUUAAAAAUUGACAGAAAUUGUGCACUGAACGAAAAAAAAAAUGGCCAUAGCUUUUUGAAAUGCUUAUUUGUGUUUAUGUUGUAUUACUUUUUCCACUUUUGAUUAGUUUUUUUUUGUUUGUUUGUUUUCUUUUUUUUGCUUUUUAUAUAUAUAUCUAUAUAUAUUGAGUUGUAGCAGUCGCUGAAUCUAUGAAAAGGCACUUUGCUAUUCUGUCAGUUUAUUGCAAUAAAAACAUUCAGUGCAUUCUG